AUGGUCGCAGUGUCGGGGAUAUGGCUCCUCUGCCUGUCUCUAGCCAGCCUUUCACAGACGACUGCCGCAACAGAGUCGAAGCAUGGCACUUCGGUGUCGCGUUCCGAUAGCUUCUUGUUCCAGUCAAGAGCUAUUUACCCCAAAGGCGUAAAGCUCAACUCCACGUCGGAAGACGCCACGCUCGCGGAAGCUCUCAAGCUUGUUCAGGAAGCUUCCAAGCAGCAGGGCGACUACAACGCGCACCGCGUGGCCAACCCCAAGCGCAACGAGGAAAUCUCCAAGGCCUCAGCUGCGCGCAGCAAGAGAGCUGCCAACGCCGGGCCUCGGGCUCCGACGCUGACUCCUGCGCUGCGCAAGGCAGCGGCCAUAAUCGCCGAGCACCAGGCCAAACAAAAUGCCAACAAGACACAGCCAGAGUACCCCCAACCACGUCAUCUCAAACCGCGUACUGGCAGCAGCAGAGGCAGCCUCGACGCCCGUGACUUGACGUCAAAGUACUGGCUGCAGGACAUCAAGCACACUGGCCUGGCGCCCAUGGGGGCCAACAGCUCAUGGCCCGUCUUUCGAGACGUGACCAACCCCAUGUUUGCGGGCGGCGCCAAGGGAGACGGUGUUCACGACGACACGGAUGCCAUCAACGCUGCCAUCGCCUACGGCGGCAACUGCGGCGAGGGCUGCCUCUCCUCCUCGGUCAAGGGCACGCUCGUCUACUUCCCUCCCGGAAAGUACCUGAUUUCCACUCCCAUCAACGCCAUGUACUACUCGCAGCUCGUGGGCAACGCCAACCACGUCCCUACCAUCGUCACCAGCAAGGACUUUGUCGGCCUGGGCGCCAUCCAGAGCGACGUCUACAUUCCCAACCAAAACGGCGACGAGUGGUACAUUGAGCAGUCCAACUUUUACCGCCAGGUCCGCAACUUCAACGUCGACAUUCGCCAGACCACGACCAAGAAGACGGCCGCCUUCCACUGGCAGGUGGCCCAGGCAACCUCCAUGACCAACGUCUACAUCUACGCCAGCACGGAUCCCGGCACCACCCAGAUGGGCCUCUUUACGGAAAACGGCAGCGGCGGCUUCAUGUCGGACGUGUACAUUAGCGGCGGCAAGUACGGUAUUUACGGCGGCAACCAGCAGUACACUGUCCGCCACUUUGAAAUCUCCGGACAGACGGACAGCUGCAUCGCCCUCAUCUGGGACUGGGGCUGGACGUGGUACGGCCUCUUCCUCGAUUCCGCGCCCAACGGCUUCAGCCUGCUGAACCACGAGGCCGACGGCGCCGCGAGAACGCCGACCGGCUCCGUCUACGUCAUGGACUCGCUCUUCUUGAACAUGAAGACGGGCAUCAAGACCAACGCGCUGAAAAAAGACAUCAAGGAAUCCACCAUCAUCCAGCUCGACAACGUCCGCACGUCCCAUGUUGAUACCAUGAUUAGCGCCACCGACGGCUCGGCCGUUGAGCUCCCCCCCGGCGACGACAUUGGUCACGUCGUGGUUGGCAACGUCAAGAUUGGUGGCCAGGCGUUCGGCCAGUACAGCGUCGACGUGGAUGCCCCUUCCGAGCGCCUCCUCAAUCAAUUUACGACAAUGUACAGCAGGAAGCCCUACUACAUCAGGCAGCGUCCGCAGUACGAGGCGUUUACUCUCGACGACAUCAUCAACGUCAAGGACCACGGCGUCAAGGGUGACGGGGUCGGCGACGACACGGCAGCCAUCAACUCGGUCAUGGGCAUGGCAUCGACGAGCAAGCUCAUCUACUUCCCUGCAGGCUCGUACAUUGUCACGGGCACCAUCCAUGUUCCCUCGCACGCCCUCAUCACCGGUGAGGUCUGGUCGCAGAUUGUGGCCAGCGGCCCCUUUUUCCAGGACAUGAAGAAUCCCAAGCCCAUGGUCAAGGUGGGCAACGACGGCGACCAGGGCACUGUCGAGAUUUCAGACAUGCUCUUUACGUCGACAGGCUCUCUUCCUGGCCUGGUGCUCAUGGAAUGGAACGUGGCCGCUGAGCACCAGGGCUCCGUCGCCAUGUUUGACGCGCAUUUCCGGGUUGGCGGCGCCUACGGCUCGAAGCUCACCCUGGCGGACUGCCCCAAGGUCACCAGCAUCCCCAGCGCCUGUGUGGCAGCUUCCAUGCUCUUCCACGUCACGCCCAAGGCCAACGGCUACUUUGAGAACGUCUGGGGCUGGGUGGCUGACCACGAUCUUGACGACCCCAAGAACACCAUGGUCACUGUUGCGGUUGCUCGAGGCUUCCUCAUCGAGUCCAAGGACGGCCCGACCUGGCUGUACGGCACCGCAUCCGAACACAGCAUACUGUACCAGUACAAUUUUUACAACACGGGCAACCUGUUUGCGGGCAUGAUCCAGACCGAGUCGCCCUACUUCCAGUACACAGACGCCACGUCGUCUCCCGGUCCCUUCAAGGACUCCCUGGGCGUCUUCAGCAACGAUCCCGACUUUUCGGAAACCUGCAACGGCUCCAAGCUUCAAUGCGACUUCUCCUGGGCGGCCAUGUUCAGCCAGGUCAGCAACGUCACCAUUGCCGGCGCUGGCCUGUACUCGUGGUUUGACGCCUACGAUCAGUCGGUCUGCGUGGACGCGCAAAACUGCCAACAGCGGCUCAUCUUUGACCAGGGCGGCAACGGCGAGCUUUGGGUCUUUAACCUCGUGACGAUUGGCUCAGUCGAGAUGAUUAGCGACGACAGCGGCGCCAUAGAGACGGCAAAGGAGAACACGCAGGCCAACGCUCAUCCCUUCUGGAGCGCCCUGGCUGUCUGGGGAGACGAGAGCGAUCCCCUCGUGCCGCUCUGCGACGAGGAGGACACUGACCCCGGCUGCCUUCACAACGACGCCUGCGAUCUCAGCAAGGACUUUGCCGACAUGGACGCCCUGGUGGCCGCCCAAGGAUCUAUCCCGCCAGAGUGCGCGCCUUACUACGUGGUCAACGCGCUGAGCAACUUGCUCGAGCGCAGCCUGGGCGCGUACGACGGCGCAAACAAGGGCUACGACGCCGUCUGGGAGUACUACGCCGAAGGCUUCCGCGGGUCCGUCGACGCCAUGAUCCGCAAGUUCACGGCCGACUCUACGCCCAGCAACCGCAACGGAGGCCCUGGCAUCCGCUACUUUGACUGCACCAUCACGCUCGACGGAACCGACACCACCAAGCAGUGCCCCUUUGACUUUUACGAGCUCGUCUUUUACCAAGCCUUUGACAUGAAGUACACACUGCGCGACGCCGACGGCUUCUACAAGGACCUCAACAAGACGUUUGGCAUCGCCAAGGACUGGGUCGCGUUUUACGACCUUGACAACUCGAGCAACCGGUGCAUCGGCGGCGGCGGCGGCGGCCAUCCCGGCAACGGCCCGAGCCCUCUUCGCCGUCGCCACGUUGACAACCACCAAGAGGACCAAGAUGACGAGGGUGCCGGCCAAGAGGAUCAAAACACCCCCUCCAAGCUCCAGAAGCGCUGCGGCCGCACCGGUGCGCGGUUCUACGGCAUCCCCAAGGGCAAGGAUAGCUACGCCGUUCCCAACCCCAAGGACGCCAUCAACAAGGUCAUGCCCCAGAUGCUCGACCUGCAGAUCCAGCUCGCGGCCAGGCAGGCCCAGAUGGCCAUUGGCGACUUUAACGGCUCGGCCAGCGACGUCGGCCAGGCCCUCAGCUUGCCCGUCUUCAUGAUGGCCGAGUCGAUUGAGCAGAUGAAGGAGGCCAAGGAGACGGGGCAAAUGAUCAAGAACCAAAAGGACCUCGAGUUCUUUGAGAAGAUGCUCGGCGUCAUCUUCAUGUUCCUGCCCUUCCUCGACGCGCUGUCGCCCGAGCUUUUGCUCUUUGAAGGCAUGGCGACCGGCCUCGCCUUCCUGGGCAACACGGCCCUCGCCAUCCAGGACAUUGUCGAGCAUCCCGAAAACGCCUUCAUGGACGUUCUUGGCAUCGUCAUGGACGGCGCCUUUAGCAGGACGGGCAAGGGCUACAAGACGGCCGCCGACGCGAGAAGGGGCAUGAGCAGCGACCUGAUUAAGAAGUCGGGCAAGACCAUUGAGCAGCUCGACGGCAAGCUUCAGGACGUGCUGGGCAAGGCGUGCGCCAAGUGA